AAGUACCAAACAACCAAUGGCUAAGCUGCAAAUCCAUUGGCUGGAUUUUUCUAAUUCUAGGGGAAACUCCCAUAAGUGCACCUGUUUUAAGCACUGAAAUCUCACCAUUGAUGCACAGUACUGCAGAACUAGCAAGCUCUUUAUUUGCCUCAGUCAAGUAUGUCAUUGAAGCAAUCAAAAAUAGGGCUACUUUACAAUAAGUUGAAGGGGAAAAAACAGGAUGGGAAUGAAGAGAAACCUUUAAUGAAAAACAGAACGCAGACAGAUGGGGAACAGACGUUUGAAUACAUGGAAAGUUCAGAUCAGUCUGGACGAAUGUAUAUGGAUCUAAUAGGUCCAGAUGUUGAAGUGAGUGGCAAGCAAGUGCUUGAAAUUCUCAGAAAGAUUCUGAGUGAACAAUCAAACCCUGAGGACCUUGACAAGGCAGCUGAGGUGUUGAAAAGAUGGGGCAAACUGAACAGUGUUACCAUAGACAAUGAAGAAGGCAGCUUCCCACAAAACUGGCUCUGUGAGUGUCUUCAAGAAAUAGAUCAGUUUGUGGAAAACCACAUUCCCACGCUGCCAGUAGAGGGACCACAAGGAUCUCAGUCAGAGCAGUUACACGACUUUCUAAAGAGCACACACACCGUGAUAUGCCAUGAGGUGGUUCGAUUAACACCUGUACUGGAAGAUACUGGGCUGCUAGAUCAUCUGAUUGACAGUUACAGCCGUCACCUCUUUCUCAAGUUGGACCUGCUCCUAAACAGAGAUCUGUCUGUGAAAGAGACCUUCUGCCUUUUACGGUGGGGGAAAGAUGUUUUCUUCAGUCCAGAUUCACAGCAUGUCGUCAGAGUGCAUGACCCUCUGCUGUUGACGGGAUGGUUUGAGAAAGCAAUAAGGAAACUACUGCCAAUACUAAAGAAUGACAUCUCUGAGACUCUACAGAACAUCCUGCACUUUGAUGAGAAACAUGGACAUUAUGAGGAAUCGAUGGAUGAAGAAAGAUUCAUCAGAGUGCACAUAGAUGUCACUCAGUGUCUGAAUGCUGUUCUUGUAAACUCUGAAGCAUUUAGUAAGACCUUUGUGUGUACGGCACAAAAUCUCUGUCUCGAAGAGCUUCAUUGUUUUGUUCGGAAGUAUGUGGAUGCAGAGAAAAAACACCUAACAAAUUGGAAACCCUUGAAAACAAACUUUGUGUACCUGUUUCGAGUCAUCAGCACCUGUAGGCAACUCAGAUUCUUUGCUCCCCAACUCAACACACCAGGUAUAAACAACGAUCUAUUAAACCUCAUCUGCUGCAUAUUAAAGGAGAUGGAGGAUCACGUUUUGUCUAUUGUACAAAAGAUGAUGAAACACUUAGCAGAGGACAGUUUGAGAGGUUAUUUCAAAAAGGGAUAUGAACAAAUUCAUACCCUGACAAAGGCAAUCCUAAAGCAGUGUGCGUCUCUGCCUCAGAAUGACGUGGGAAAGGAGAUUCAAGAGAUCUUUGUGGAUGUCGCCUACGACUGUGUUUCACGCGUGUAUCUGGAUUGCCUGAUGAAGAGCAAGAUCAAGCGGCUUGAAAAGAGAUGGGGAAAUGUUGGAGAAAGGAUGAGAGAGGAUGCUCUCAAUUUUCACAACACGUUCACUGAACUGAGCGGCAGUGAUGACCAGAGGAACCAGCUCCUUCAGAGACUGAGUGAAGUUGUGCUUUGCAAUGAUGUAGAUGCACUGAAGGUUAUCUGUUGUGAUGUUUCCCAAAGUUUCCCAAAGGACAGUGAGCAGUAUGUACCUGGUCUGCUGCGCUGGAAGGGGGUGUUAUCAGAGCGACAGGUGAGGGAAGUACUGGAUGUGGUGAGGGACGUACUGGAUGGGAUCCGGGAUCCAAAGCCAAAGUCCAGAUGUGUCACCCGUCAUUCCCUGAAGGGCUUUUGCUGUUGUCUUUGAUAUGAAUAACACCACGAGCCAGACCAAAACCUUUGUUUACAAGUGUUUACAUGGCAUGACUGUUUCUUUUUUUUAAUGUUUCUAAUUUUUUUUUAUACAUAUUUGUGUCAAAUGACCAAUUUGAUUUUACUUGAAAUAGGAAAUAAUGUAUUUAAAGACCGUUUACAUGUUUGCAAACAGCGAUGGCGUGUUUUGUUGGCAGAAAAGGACAGUUCUACAGCUGCAGUCUGGAAUAAAAGUGGAAAUUUUGAGUUUAUGUCUUUUUAAUUCUGAGAAGAAAAAUCAGAAUUGUGAGAUAUAAAUUCUUUUUUUCAUUUCAUUCAUCCUAAAGUCUUUUUUCCUCACAAUUGUGAGUUACAAAGUCAGAAUUUGGAGAUAAAAUUAUUAUAGGUUUAAAUGUAAACUGCAUGCAAUGUAAAGCUAUUGUUUACAUCACAUUGGUUUAAUAGUAGACUACUCAUCGCAGGUUUCAUCAGUUCAGUUUGUGGCUUGUAACCAUAAAUGACCCUGUUUAUGAGCAUCUUUUGAUAAUGAUUAUUUUUUUUUUUUGCAUUCCAGUUAAUUCAAAAUCCAAAAGCACAAGACAUUUUUUUCUCUUAUUCUGUGGAUUUUGUCCGUUUCCUUCCACUUGUUACCGCUGUUUUUCUGCCAUCACAAUAUGCGCACAACUGCAGGUGACAUAAAAAUGUUACUUUUUUUGAUACUUAGUGUUUUUUUUUAAUGAAAAUUCUUUGUUAAUUAAAAACUAUGUAUUU